AUAAAGGGCGGCGGGAGCCGCGGGUGGGCGCGUCGAGUUCCGCUCGUGCCGUGGACAUGCAGUAGUGGCUGCUCCGCCGCCGUGGGACCGGUCCCCCCCGCGCCCGCCAGCACCGCCGGGACCCGCCGGGGACCGGCCGCCGCGCCCCGGCUCAAGAUGCAGAGGUGUGCUAGUUUCCUGUUUCUGUCUUUAAUCCUCUUCGCCGCCCUGUCAGAAGCGUUCGGACUGGUUUUCUCAGCAAAAGAGAAAAGGGGCUGGACUUUGAAUAGUGCUGGUUACCUACUUGGGCCACAUGCAGUAGAUAACCACAGGUCUUUUAAUGACAAACAUGGUUUCACUGGUAAACGUGAAAUACAGCCUGAUGAGGAUAUUAAAACAGGGAAUCUUGGAAGACCACUGGCUAAUGAAAACAUUGUGCGCACAGUAAUUGAAUUUUUGACUUACCUGCAUCUUAAAGAGAUGGGAGCACUUGACAAAGUACCAUCACCGGAGGAAACAAAUCAGUCUUGAAAAAGAAUGCAUUUUUAUUUUGUUGUAGUGUAGAUUUAGAUUGAAUUCUAAACAAAAGAUCCAAAUGAGCUGAAGAUGGGAAGUAUUGUUUGCAUUAAUCUGAUAAAUGGUAAACAGCAA